AGCCAAGGUGUGUUGUGGGAAGGGAGAAGAGGAUAUAGAUAAACCUUUCAAUCUAGGGGCAGCACUGGGCAGAGGCAUGGGGAGGUUGUUUUACCCUGAGAGAUGUGCAAAACAAUCCCUCCGUCCUCCUCCGAAACGACUUGCACUGGGAACAGAUAAAGCCUCUGUUGAAGACUGCACUUCGUCUCAGAGCAUGAAGCUGGUUGAAACAUACAGGCAGGACUGACAUCUGACCAGCAAUUUAAAGUGACUUGAAUGGAAGUACAGCAUGCACCACCCCAGGUGUAGUUCUCUUAGGAACUCCCGACACGUCACCCUGUCAUCGGCAAUAAAGGUUUGUUCGCACACGACAAGCACCUGACCGGGUGUCGCCGCUGCCCAAGUGAGGUGGUGCACACAGCCACCAUGCAGUGGAGGCGGCGCUACUGCUGCACUCACGUCGCCAGGCUCCUGUCUCUACUCUCCUUGCUGGUGGUCCUGGUCAUCUUGCGUCAUCAGGACUGGCUGCCGGGCAUCAAGGGCCCAACAUUGCGGAGGGAGAACCCAGUGGCUUACACUGAGGGAGGACUACACGCCAUAGACAAAGGAAAUCACAGCUCCUCACAGAUUCAAUGGAGGAAUGCACCGGUUCCCCCUGCACCUCUGAAAAUGAAUGCCAACCUCAGUUCCCCUCAGGGGGAGUCCUCUCCGCAGCGAGUUACGGGACUGGAGAGCUCGCUGGCGACUAAUGCUAGCUUGAGCGGAGAGGUCGGGCUAGGGGGCCUGCUGACAUCGGAACCCUACCCUUACAUCAUCAACGAGCCCAACAAGUGCCGGGAGGGCGACCCAGAACCCUUACUGGUGCUGCUGAUAGCCACGGAGGCCCAGCAGGUGGAGGCCAGGGAGGCCAUCCGGCAAACAUGGGGAAACGAGAGUGUGGUCCCAGGCCUUGCCCGGCUCUUCUUGCUGGGUGUGAAGAAGGGUGAGGUGGGCCGCCUGCAGCAGAGCAGCCUGGAGGCAGAGAGCAGGAGACACCAUGACAUCAUCCAGCAGGACUUCAUGGACACGUACAACAACCUAACCAUCAAAACCCUGAUGGGCAUGCACUGGGUGGCCGUGCACUGCCCGGGCGCCAAUUACGUCAUGAAGACAGACAGUGACAUGUUUGUCAACACCAAGUAUCUCGUCCACAAGCUGCUCCGGCCCAAAAAUCAGCCCAAACGUGACUAUUUCACAGGCUACCUGAUGAAGGGCUAUGCGCCCAACAGGAAUAAGAACAGCAAGUGGUACAUGUCCCCUGAGCUGUAUCCAAGCGAGAGGUACCCCACCUUCUGCUCAGGAACUGGCUACGUGUUCUCGGGGGACCUGGCGGGGAAGAUCUACAGGGCUUCUCUAGGCAUUCGCAGGCUGCAUCUGGAGGACGUCUACAUGGGCAUCUGCCUGGCCAAGCUACGGAUCGAACCCACACCGCCACCCAAUGAGUUCCUGUUCAACCACUGGCGGGUGUCCUACUCCAGCUGCAAGUACAGCCACCUUAUCACCUCCCACCAGUUUCACCCCAACGAACUGCUCAAGUACUGGCACCACCUGCAGCGCAACGCCUGCAUCAACGCAUCCAACGACUAGAUGGGCAGGUUUCACCAGAGACUGCAUGGGUACAGCCUAUUUGGUGACAGAGGAUCAAGGGUGAUGUUAGAUCAUGGCCUGUGCAGGAGUCACUGGCAAGAUGUAACCGAUUAAAGCACGUUUUUGGACAAACUA